AGAACUAAAUUGACCGUAAGAACCUAAACGUCCCCCCGGGGAUCAACAAACAUUUACCUGUAAAGCUAAAAGGCACCAACUGUUGCCGUUUCUCCCCUCUGCUGUGCUGUGGCAGGCAGAGCCAGCCAGUCUACCCUGCCCUGUCCCCCUGUGGAUUCAGGCAGCCCUACUCCUCCAACCUCUCCGGCGCCUCCUCCUACUCCAGGUUCCCUCACUCUCUGAUGCUGGGCCCAUCAGGCAUGCAUCCUACAGGGAUCCCCCACCCAGCCAUAGUGCCCCCUUCAGGCAAACAGGAUCACGAUCAGUAUGACAGGGGCAUGUACGCGAAACCUCAGGAGGUCAAGCGGGAGAAGGAGCCCAAGAAGCCGGUCAUCAAGAAACCCCUGAACGCCUUCAUGCUUUACAUGAAGGAGAUGAGGGCGAAGGUCAUCGCCGAGUGCACAUUAAAGGAGAGCGCAGCCAUCAACCAGAUUUUGGGACGAAGGUGGCAUGCACUGACCCGGGAGGAACAGGCCAAGUACUAUGAGUUGGCCAGGAAGGAGAGACAACUCCACAUGCAGCUCUACCCGACCUGGUCUGCCAGGGACAACUAUGAGGCGGGCCUUAGCGGGGUCGCAGGGGAAAAGAGUAAAGCUGAUUGGGGCAAGAAGAAGAGGAGAAAAAGGGAGAAGCUGCAGGACUCCAAUACAGAUAACUCUCUCUGACUGUCCCUAGGAGGAAAAAGAAGUGCAUUCGCUACCUUCAAGGAGGAGGCUGCCCCAGCCCAACUUCUUCAGAUUUAAGUGCUAUAGACUCUCCCCCCUCCCCUUCCCCCUCCCGCCACGGUCUGUACCAGCACCAGCGCCCCACCUCCCCGGGCUGCUCCCCACCACCCACCUCCCCGUCGACACGCCUCCCCUUGUCUCCGCCGACACACACACGCUCACACACACGCUUACCCCUGCAGCAGUCCGCCGGCAAGCGCUGCGACGUCCGUCAGCCGGCGACCAAACAUGCCCACACACACCUGGAACUGUCCGGCAAGCAGACGCACAGCUCGACGACGGCACUGUCGGCCGCCAAGGCUGCAGGACUUUCUCUCAAAGUGCUGACAGAGACUCAGUGAUCGCUCCGGUCCGCUCACAUCCCUGACCCCAUUCACCUCAGCUUCCUCCAGGAGCCGUGAAGAUCAUCUUCCUCACCUGCCUUCAUUCUCACUUAUCUAUAUCCUGUGGUCCGUGUGUUUGAUUUAAAAAAAAAAAAAAGAAAAGAAAAAGGAGUGACCAAUGGUGGAGAGGUGGUGUAGUGAUGAAGGGGGAUAGGUGAUCCGCCCUGCUACCCCAGAGUAAGAUACUAGCUGUGUCCCAGUUCAGAUGCUGCAUUUCAAUAGAUCAUUAACAAGUCUAUUCCCUCUCAAAGCCUCCUUCAAAUGGUCAGUUCUGUAAUCAAGCGUUCAGACAAUCCUUGUCAACCUGGAAAUGUACAAAAUCACAUAAUAUUUGGUAUAUAUGUGGUUCAGGUGGUCACAAGCCUCAACAUAAAUUUAGUAUCUACAGUUAACUCAGUCAAACUGUAAAUUUGGCAAUAAUAAACUUACUGAACUGACUAGGAGCACCUGAAUGUAGUCUGUGUGAGGCUAAACUGUUGAAUUAAACCAUCCACUGAAGGAUCCACUUGGGAUCCUUAGGAGGAUCCGGCCGCCUGAAUUGGUGACCACAUCUCACCAGUCAUCAAGAGUUCCAGUUGUACAGAGGGCAGAGUUGCACUGAAAGGCAGAAUUAAUCUGGAACCUUAAAAUCUGUGGUUCUUUGGCUCCAUCUGCUGCAGCUUAAACUCAACUAAAACAAUUUUGCCUUGAGGACAGCUCUGCCUCUUGAAAAGAUAAUUUAAAAAAUACACCUCCUAAGCCCCUCGGUGCUCCUUUUUUUUUUUUUUCCAAAGCCGACCCUGUGUUUCGACCUCCAUGACAAUCACAAACAAGAUGUAUUGUAAAUGAACUCUUUGUUAAACAAAUCACAGCAACGCGGACCUAAAAAUUGAGGCAGAGAUUGGUUGUAAGAGCUAAUCUGGCAUCAAGGUGAGAGGGCAGAAGACUCUUCUUCAGACGUUAUUAUCCAUCACUCUCAGACCCACCCAGAGGGGAGGACAGACCAACAACCAGCCAGCCUGACCAGCAGAACCUCAGGUCUAAAGAGAGGGACAGUUUUUACUUCUUUUUUUUUUUUUAGCUGCCAUUUUCAGUUUGACUUCAGUUUCAUUCCAUUUCCAAACAUUUUUUUAUAACUGCCCCUGUGACAAAAGGAAAAUAAAACAAUUUUCAGCAGGUUAAAACAAGUCAGAGAAUUCAACAUAAAAGUCCCCAGCUUUAAGUUACAUCAUUUCUUUUAGGCACUUUCAGGCUGUCAGUCUCUCGCUAUGUCAAUGUUACAUUUUUGCUCCGUUUUCUCCAAAUUUAUUUUUAUUUUUGUGUGCAUCUCAUGUGAUUUUUUUUUUAAGGUCAGAUGUUUUGCCGGUGGGGAAACCCUCAGAGAAAGACGAGGUUUUGUUUAUUUUUUCCUUUGACUGAACAUUUUGCAGUUCCAUAAACUAAUCUGAGACCAAAUGGGUACUAUAAUAUUGCAUUGUGUUGUAAAGUUUUAUAAAUGUUGGAAUUACGUAUUAUAAUAAACUUUUAUAUGUUUUUAUGUAAAAAAAAAAAAAAAUGAGCGAAAUAACAAAAAAAAGAGAUUUUUAGUUUCUACCAUUUCUUAAAGCAAUACAUUUUGUUUGUCCUUUUUUGUGCAGAAUUUUCUUGGUCAAGUGUUACUGCGGCAGCGUUCAAACGAUAUCUUGUGUUCUCAACCUGUGCAUGUUCCACCUUUUUAAAUGUAACAAAAAAUAGAUUUUGACUAAAAAGGCUUUAAUUUACCAUUCUGCUUGCAGCUUUCAAACUCAGCUUACCACUCUGUGGACAAACUGUAGGCUGAGCUUUGUACAGCAAAACCGUUUUCCUCCAGCAGAGAGAGCUCUUGUGCUAGAAAUAGCUUGUUUUUAUUUUGAGUGUUCCCCAUAGUGGCAACGCCUUGAAGAUGUCUUUUGUAUUUUUUAACGCCUCUGAUGUAUUACUUGUUUUUUGUUUGAUGUAUUAAAAGUGUUUUGAAUAUCUUGUCCAUGUCUACUGUAGUUAAGGCACAAGGACAUUUCAAGAAUGAUGGUUUCAGAGACAUAACUUUUAAAAUAAAAACAAA